ACACGACACGAGUGGUUGUCACUUGUCCUGAGUUUGAAUCCACGUGACUGGUGGUCAUUGGCCUACUAUCCUCCAUUGUUGUUGGUUUGGUUGAUUCUUUAGCUGCUACAGCCGUACAAGUAAAAGAAAAGAAGAUUACUCUUCCUCUCAACUUAUGAUCAAACACAGUUUGUAGCUAUCAUUCUUGGCUUUUGUAUCAAUCAGAUAGAGGAGGAGAUGAGCAGCAUAAACAUAACAAGUCCCCACUGUAGAUGUAAUAGUAGUAGUGGUAGUAAUCAUGGGCUGUGGAAGUACUUGGACAUAAAAGGGUCUUUGUUAGUUCAUUCAUAUUCAUAUUCAUAUAAUAAGAAUGUCUCAUUUGCCACCACUUCCACAUCCAAUAAUAAUAAUAGGCUUAUCUUUUCUACUCGAGCUGCCUUGGAUAAUACAAUCUCCCCAGAUGAGGAUGACUCAUCAGAAGAUGAUGAUGAUGAUGAUGAAGAAUCUGCAGAUUCCACCAAACCCAACUCAGAAAAACUUAACUAUGGCACCCAGGAAUCAAGUAGCAAAAGUAUCAGAGACAAUCUUGAAAGAAUAGUUGGAAAAGAUGAUUCAGCCUUUAGUGGGUUAGACUUGGCCACUCUUAUUAGAAACAAGUACGGAAAGUCUUAUGAUGUUCAACUCAUAAAGAAGGAGUUCAUGGGAAGAAAUCUGCUUGCUAUGAAUGUCAUGUGGAAGUACAUGGAGCAGAGAUCGUUUCCACUGACUGAAGAAGAGUAUAUAUUGAGGCUUGACGAUGUGGCAAAUAACUUGAAGUGUUGGGGAGCUGUGUCACAUAUCAGAAACAGCCUCCAAAACUCCAAGGAAAGGCCUCGUAUAGGAAAGGCAGUCAGCAUUUUUAUAGACAUGGACGAAUCUGGAGGCCGUGCAAAUGAAUGGAUCUACAAGUGAACAAUGGAAGAACUUCAUCUUCAAAUUUGAUUACAAAUACCAUUUUUUUUCUUUUUUCAAAUAAGAUACAUACCAACAUUUCAUAUGGUUCUCUUGUAUGACUAAAAACUGAUGAUCAAAUCAUUCGUUUUCAAAUAGGAGAGUACUGUUGGAGCAAAA